GCUACUGAAGCUUCGUCGCGGGACGACACAGGAUAUGCAGGAUUUCUGUGAGUAUGCGUUGCUGGCCGACACUGAAGUGCAGCGAAUCUUGCAACCAGUCGUACUGUCUGAAAAGUGCCGAUGUGAUGCCGGCUUUGAAGAGAAGCAGAGGGCUGCUAGGCUGGCGAUCGAAGAACUCAGCCUAAAGAAGGAUGAGAUGCGCCUCAGUUCCGCUGCCGAAAACCGGCAAACUGAGGAACAACUUCAGGAUAUCCAGUGCAGGGCUGAAGUUUUCGAGGAAGCUUUGCAGCAGCUUUUGUUUGACAGGGAACACGAGGAAGCGGCUCUGUGGCAAGCAAUAGAUGAAGCAGAGGCGCAGAUAAAAACGUUGCAACAGGAAGAGUCAACCCUGCGCGACCAGAGCAAAUCACUCAUUGCUGGCAUCCAUGCCCUGAAAAAGGACCAUCGGAUAGAACUCGAUGUCGUUGAGGUAGCCCAUGAGGAGGCGAAGCAGAAAAUCAAGCGUACGCAGGCCGAUGAUAGCUUGGCACAAGAUCACAUCUCGGUGCUCGCAAGGCGUAAACAAGACCUCAUACAGACAUGCAACGAACUGCAAGCAGAACUGGCUCAAAUUGAAGCAUCUCAUGCGACCGUGCCACGAAAAGAGUAUCUCGAGAAGGCCGGCACUAUCAAGUGUGGCGUGAAACGGCACGCUCCUCGGCGAGUUAAGGUCGUGUCUGCGGCAACACGACACCCCGUGUCGUUGCUGAGUCAAGUACCGGCCACCCUUGUUUCAGCUGCCACACUCCGUAGACUUUCCCACCAGAGCUCUUCCCUGAGCUGAGGUUGCUGAGUUUAUGGUACGCCAGUAGUUCGGGGAAGCAAGAACCAAAAGAUAAAUUGAUCGGGCACUUCCCGACGACAGGCUCCACCCCACCAAGAGUAUUCACGACAGCGAGGCUGCCGUCCCAUCGUAUACCUAUCACUGAGUCGGGAGAUGGACAUGUGUGCAAACAAACGCUAGGCCACGAGCUAUGCUGUAAUGGAUUGACAAGUGAAAGUUCAAUGUUUGCGGGUUGCACACUGGCCACAUAACGACAGUUGGGUUGUAGCGACUGCCACAUCACAUAUCAUGACGACUGAGUGUUCCAUUCAGUGAUACCUUGCUGCUUUCUUUCGAUGCUUCGAACUACUUUCCUUGCUUUUUCUCUUCCGUGACUUUUUUUUGUGGUGAGAAUCCCGCGAGGACUUGCUACUAUCACUGUCGCUACUAGACGACGUGUCGUCCGAACUGCUGCUCGACGAUUUCCGUUUUUUGUGUUUCUUCUUUUUGCUUCGCCCUUUUUUUUUGUCCCCGUCUUUGUGCGUCUUCUUCCACUCCUUGGCGACCUUUGCGGCGGCGGUGGAGGAUAUCGGGACAGCGUUUGCAUCCGUGGCAAAUUUGGGUUGUAUCACAGCUGUGUGUUCAGGACGUGCCGGCCGCUCUUCCUCAAGCAUUUCAUACUUA